UUUUAUAAUUUUUGUAUGUCUAUGUUCUUACAAUAACAUAAUACGGAAUGUAAACUAUAUGGUAGUGGGAUAUGGAUAUAAAAAUAAGAUUGAAGUGCCCAGAAUAUUUAAGUUAAUCAACUCUAGCACCGAUAGACCACAACGGUCAUACUGUUCUUUUCCUCUUUUCCACGUGCAUUUCAUUGAACGAAACCACGCGUUGUUCGAUCUGAAGUUGGCUUUGAUAAAUUUGACCAGAAAACAUCGAAAAACUUGUUAAAAUGGCUCAGAAGAAAGCCGUAGCCGCCAAGGGCAAGAAAGCAACGAAUGGAGUGGCAAAGCCUUUGGCCAAACGGGUAACGAAGUCCAUAAAGGUACAGGAAGAGAAGGAGACGGUAGUUGCCGAAUCGCCUUCCAAAAAAUCCAGAAAACAACCUGUAAAAGAGGUGCCGCAGUCCAGUGAAGAGGACGAAUCUGAUGUCGAGGAGCAGAGUGAUGAGCAGGCAGAGGCCGAUAGUGACUUUGAGACCGAAGAGGCAGCUGAUUUCAUUGAGGACGAGGCUGAGGAAGAUGAAGAAGACAAUAGUGACGAAGAGGAAGGUGAUGAUGAGUUGGAGCCUGGUGAGGUUUCCAAAAUCGAAGGCACGGAUGAGGUCGAAGACUCAGACGGUGAUGAUGAAGCGCCCGUAGAAAAACCAGUUUCCAAGAAAUCUGAAGUGUCGGAGGAAACAAGCGGAAUUCCAAAAGUUAAAGUUGGCAAAAUUCCCCCGGGAACGCCUCAAAACCAGAUAAUUUUUGUCAAUAACCUUCCUGCCGAAUAUCUCCACAAGGACUUGGUCGCAUUGUUUGCCAAGUUCGGACCACUUUCCGCUUUGCAGCGUUUCACUAAUAUGAAUGGCAAUAAUUCAGUUUUAAUUGCCUUUGGUACGUCAGAUGGAGCGGAAGCUGUUCUGCAGGCCAAGCCUAAAGCGUUAACCCUUGGAGACCAUGUUCUGUCUGUGUCCCAGCCGAGAAAUAAGGAAGAGAACAAUGAACGCACCGUGGUGGUUGGCCUGAUUGGACCCAAUGUUACCAAGGAGGACUUAAAGACCUUUUUUGAGAAGGUAGCUCCCGUGGAGGCGGUGACUUUUUCCGCUAACCGCCUAAACCCCAAAGCUUUUGUACGUUUGGCAUCGGUCGAUGACAUACCGAAGGUUCUUAAACUGCACAGCACUGAGCUGUUUUCUCGCUUUAUAACGGUUCGCCGGCCCUUGCAACAACAAUCGAUUUCAAGGACCAGUGAGCUUACACUGGUUGUCGAAAAUGUUGGCAAACACGAGUCUUACAGCUCCGACACUUUAGAAAAGAUAUUCAAAAAAUUUGGUGAUGUUGAAGAAAUUGACGUUGUAUGCAGCAAGGGAGUUUUAGCUUUUGUCACGUUCAAGCAGUCAGAUGCGGCCACAAAGGCUUUAGCCCAACUCGACGGAAAGACUGUUAAUAAGGUUGAGUGGAAGGUUCACCGAUUCGUACGCAGCAGCUCGGGGAGGGCCAUUCUUGUGACGAACUUGACUUCAGGUGCCACUGAAGCCGACCUGCGGAAAGUGUUCAACGAGAGCGGCGAAAUCGAGAGUAUCAAAAUGCUGGGCCAAAAAGCGGUAGUAAAGUUCAAAGACGAUGACGGUUUCUGCAAAUCAUUCUUGGCUAAUGAAAGCAUUGUAAACAACGCCCCUAUUUUUAUCGAGCCAAACUCUCUGCUGAAGCAUAGAUUGUUAAGGAAACGCUUAGCUAGUGGCCAUGCCCACGGCCCUCGCAAGUUUCAAAAGGACGCCAAGCCCAACUUUGGCAAAAAACCAUUUAAGAAACGCCCGGCACAGGAGAAUAAUGGCAAAUCGUUUGCGAAAAGGGCAAGAUUUUAGAACUUGGAUACCUAAUCAGAAUUAGUUUUAAGUUGCGCAGUACCAUUAAUACGGACACAGCCCCGAUAAUUCCAUACAGCCUGAUGUAAUGGACUUAGUUGAUAAGAGAUACUCCAUUAAAUUUUACCGGAGAAAUGCCGUAUUUAAAACAGAUGUCGAUUUUUAUAAGCAUCGGACACGAAACUAAAUAAAAAUAAAUCAACACUGAAAAAA